AUGGUCCUAGCCACCUCUCGUGACGAGGGAGACAGAGCACGUUGCGCGGCCUUGAGACCGGCUACCAGAAGCAGAAGUCGGUUGCCCUCUAGGAUACACCAGACAGAAGUGAUCUGGGACGAGCCCUCACAGCCAAAGCGGCAAAGGGUCAGGUGGCUGAAAAUCCGAUUGAGUGUUGACCUCCGCCGAUCCCAUGGGAUCGUCCUCACAUGUGACGAUAGUAACAAAUCGAGAAGACUGGGUUACUUCAAGUUUCUGCACGAGGGGGUGAUUGGAGUUGGCUUCACCAGGAAAGAAGCAGAGAAAUUUCUCUCACUUAAAAACCCAUUAGUAGAUAGAGUUCAAGCCCAGACAGAAGAUGCGAGCCUUUAG